UGACGAAGGAUUGCAGUCCGAGGUUUUGAAGGCAGCCUUUGUAUAAGUUCCCGUGUCUCCCCUCCAUCUCCUCACUUCUUCACCAAGCCUCCUUCACUCCUACCUCCUCAGUCACUCUGCUCUACCAAAUUCCACUUCCUUAACCAUUAUUUCCGUUUAUCUUCCUCCAAACCUUACGCACCAAGAACCCUCCAGGUGUUCUAUAUUGCUUCGUUGAGCUGGUCUGUUCCGUAUCCUGCAAAUGCUUCUUGAAGCCUAAUCUGUUUUCGUUAGCAGCGUCUACUCCUUCCGCUGGCCCUUCGAUGUCAUGGGAUCGGGAUCCUCUCGCCUUGAAACUAGGUGGUGGGAAGCAGAAGCCCAGCGAAAGAUAGCGACCACUAAAAGUACGAGUAGAGUGGAAGUGAUCUGCUCGCUCAUUCCCGGUAUGGAUGAAACCACCGUGAAGGGCUACUUGAAGGCGCGGUCGGAUCUUGAUGUGCUAUUCGAGCUCAAUUGCAGAUCUCAGAACCCAUCCAGAGAGCAACAUGCCGACCACUCAAACCUGACAGCUGACUCCAAGGUCAAUGAACUCUGGCGGAUACUCCGAAUGCCACUCGGAUAUGGUAAGCCUCUAUGGAACUGGAAUUGGCGAGUACCACUCGAAGGGAUCCCUUCCGAAAUUGCGGCCGAAUUCCAUGCAGCCGUGUGUCAAGCGAUCUUCCGAAUCCCCCUCUCUGACUUCGUGGACUGUGCCCUCGGAUAUAAUACAAAAGCGGAGUCUCUCGACAAGCUAUUUGUUGCUGUAUGCAAAGUACGCCACAGCCUUCGAACGGAAUAUGAGCGUCACCCUGGGACAAUGGACACUUAUGUUGAGGUCGAGAAAGUACUAGAGCAGCAACACCAUCCGCUGGAGCACUGGAUUGUUGCCAGCAGCCUGCAGCUCUCGUAAAUCGCCCCGUACGACACUUUGGCCCCGAACCUAGAGCCAAUCCGAA